CGGCAGGCAGCGGGUGUAGCUUUAGCUUUGGGAGCAGCAGCUGUACGAGCUGAAAGUGUCCAAACUUAGACACAUACGGCUCUGUUUCUUCUGUUUUCUUUAUCCUUUCUGACCAGGGCAUUCAUAUCUGGUAAAAGCGCACUCUUACCGCCAGUAUGGGUUUCAGAAAGAAGAAUAAAAGUCCACCGGUUUUGAGCCACGAGUUUGUGAUCCAGAAUCACGCCGAUAUGGUUUCGUGUGUGGCCAUGAUCAUCCUUCUCGGGCUUAUGUUUGAGGUUACUGCAAAGUUCGCCAUUAUGUUCAUCACAGUCCAGUACAACGUCACUCAGACAUCAGAAGACAAGCCAGAACCGGUGAACUUUUAUCAGUAUGGUCCCAAGGACAUCGCCACUGUCUUCUUCUAUCUGCUUAUUGCCAUAAUCCUUCAUGCCCUGAUCCAAGAAUACAUACUUGACAAAAUCAAUCGGCGCCUGCAUUUGUCUAAAACAAAACACAGCAAGUUUAAUGAAUCUGGACAGCUGGCAGCGUUCUACUUGUUCUCUUUCAUUUGGGGCUGCAGCAUCCUCACUGCGGAGGAGUUUGUGACGAAUCCCACAUUUCUGUGGGAAGGCUACCCUCACACCCACAUGGCUUUUCAGGUUAAGUUCUUCUACAUCUGCCAGAUUGCCUACUGGUUCCACGCCCUACCAGAACUGUAUUUUCAGAAAGUACGAAAGGAAGAUAUUCCUCGUCAACUUUACUACAUUUGCCUUUACAUUUUCCACAUCACUGGUGCCUACGUCCUCAAUCUCCACCGCUUGGGCCUGGUUCUUCUGGUUCCGCACUACCUGGUGGAGCUUCUCUUCCAUGCAUCACGUCUCUUCUACUUCAGCAACGAGAACAAGCAGAAAGGGUUUACGCUGUGGGCUCUCCUCUUCGUCAUCGCUCGACUCCUGACCCUCACCCUCUCUGUGCUGACGUUCGGUUUCGGACUGUCCCGUACAGAUAAUCAGGGCUUCUCUUUGGCAGAGGGGAACUUCAACGUGCUCACUGUCAGGAUGACGUGUCUGUCAGCCAUUUGCCUGACCCAGGCCUGGAUGAUGUGGAAAUUCAUCAACUUUCAGCUGAAGAAGUGGAGGGAGCAGAGCCAGAUCCAGGCCAGCAAGAAGAAGGCUGUCAGCCCCAAGAGCAAACCCACCAAGAAGGAGUCUUCUAGGGGAGGUUCGGUAAAUGGAGUGAUGAAACCAGAGGACAAAACAUCACCCCGAGCCAGAAAAACAAAAGCCUCCUAGAUGAAGGGAAGGAGGAUGCUGGAAAUGUGAUGCUGUUUUUCUCUUUCUUAACUCCAACUGUGGGGGGAAAAAAAGAAAAAACUUUGUCUCCUGAAAGAACCACUGAAUCACACAGACACCUUAACUGUAAGGUCUAGGCUCGAGUGAACAGAGUUAGAUGCUUCGUGUGGCUUUUGUUUUUGUCUGGAUUUUUUGUUUGAUUGUUGUGGGUGUUUAAUCCUCCUUAGAAAUCUGACUUUUUUAAUAUUCCACUGCAGUUUGGGUCUAGUGUUUUGAGAAGGGUUUACAGAAGACUUUGCUGUUGGUGGGAGUGAUAAAGGAGUGUUGGAAAAAGCUGGAAAGGCAACCGUAAAAUGUGUUGCCAUGUUCAGCUAGCGCUGUUUUAGAGGUGCUAGCGCCAUGCUAGCUCACAAACUUGCUGAAUUUUGUGACUUUUUACCCAAGAGUGAAUGAAACGAUAACCAGAAUCUUCAUCAGGGGAAUCUAUCUAUCUAUCUCAGUCUAUCUCUCCUCUUCUCUCUUUCUCUCUUUCUCUCUCAUCCUUCAGGGCUUAGCAUUUAGCAUUUAACUCCAGAAGAAAGUGAAAUUCGUAGCCCUGGUGCUUAACUUGACACCCUACUCAGCCUCAGUCACUGUGUCUCUGAUGAAACACUCUGUCUGUGUGGAUAGAGGCUUUUUUUAAGAAGUGCCCUUUUUGUUUUUCCAGAGUUAAGCCCUUAGCUGUGAAACUGUUUGGGCUAAGCUAAAAGCUCAGUUAGAGAAUCAGAGGCAAGCAAGCGAGGGCUCUCGAGUUCCUCACUGGUGACGGGGUGGAUUUGUCUUUUAAUGACCUCAGCUGUGUAACAGGGACUGAUUUUGUUUAAAGAAGGAGAGAAGGACUUGUCUCAUAAUACAUCACGCAGGAUUGGCAUUUCCUCUCGUGGGAGCUCCCUUUGCCAUUUUUGGGCCGUUCUAUUACUUUAUUAACUUUUUUAUUUAAUGAACUAGUGAAUUUUAAUAGAUGAGCCCUCGGUAAGGGCGAGGGAACUAGUGAACGCAGGUGUUGACUUCAGCCAUCCAGAAAUCAUUGUGAUCUGAUGCUUUUCCUUUUUCAGAGUUGAAAAUUAUGGUGGACAAACCUGUUUAUAAGCCAUAGCAGUAAACUGUUUUGAAGUUACAGUGUUCAAUUUGCUGGGCUUUAGGUUGCAAACUACUGCAUCUCUUAUACAUGACUGCUGAUAGAACUUACUCUGAUAGCUGGAUAGUUAGCAUGCUAAAGUCUACAUGGCUAACAGUAACUAAAAGAAAGGCCACAGUUCUAAACAAAGUUUAAUUGCAGAACAAAACAAUUCUGCGCAGAUUGUAUGUACAAUAUGUUUGGACGGCUGGAAAAAUCCUUUUGCAUUGCAAAGUUUGCAUGGCUAGCCGAUAAGCUCACACAGGCUAACCUAGCUGAGCUGUUUGAAUAGUCUGCUCCUCGCCAUACCAUCCUCCCCUUCUGCCACGAGUGGCUACUAGGGAUGGGCAUUAUGACUAAUUUUGAUAUGUAAAAAUACCCGUUAGGGUUAAUUAACCAUCGGUUAACCACAUGGAAGAAAACGGUGGCAACAGUGGACUUCGGCUAACAUUAAUGUAGGAUUGUAGACUUGCGUUAUUAGACUUUUUUAAAUUAUUUAAGCUGAGAAAAAUUGGUAGUUUUGUUGGAUGAGGAGCCGAGGCUGCCUCUAAAACUAGAGCUAACGGUACAAUACUGGAUGCUAAUUAGACUAUCAGCUAGAGUAGUUAGCCUAAAGCCUUGCUGCAUCUGCCUUCUCAAUAACACGUCCUUGGUAACACACUCACGUUAAGGCAUAGAAAGAGAAAAGUAGGAAAUGGGAAUAGGAAAGUGUAAUACAAUAUUCAAAAUGACUUGCAGGUAGAAGCAAAUUGACAUCUUACAGUUCUAUUAAAACAUAAAAUUGGCCUUUCACUGAACUGUUAGCCCGAAUAUUUUGCCUUCCUGCGAUGAAAGGUAAAGAACAUCCAAACAGUAAUUUCAGUAUUCAAAUCCUGGCACCUUGAAUGGUUAAUGGAGUGUUCAAGUACCUGUGCACAUCCCUAGUAACCACCUGUGUAACACAUCUGAGUGGCCAUUUGACGUUGGCAAGGGCAAGUUAGGAAGAAGGAUUGAAACUGUGAUUUUGAUUCUGAAAAUAAUGUCCGCAUAUGUUCCCAAUCAAAGUGGUAGUUGCUGUCCUUCCUCCUGAGUGCAUAAAUAUACAUUUGGUAGGGCAGCUGUCAGACUUUAAAACUGUAUGCAUAUCUGACUUAAGGCCUUAACACACUGAGCGUGAUUAGCAUGAUUUAUUCAGAUGUCCAAAAUGAAUUCAAACAUGUAUAACUGAUGAUAUCUUGCAAACCAUAUCCACCCGUUGGAUCCUUCAUUGCCAUGGAAAAGACAGACACAUUUCUCGGCCACAUAUGAAGGUGCUUUCGAAAUGGGACAGCCUAGUCGUGCCGCUGUGACCCAGUCGGACUUCAAAUGCAGCCUUUGAAGGAUGCAGCCUCUCAAUUGGGAUGCAGCUAUAAUUUGUUACAGUAAUGCUAAACAUCUGUCAUAUUGCCCAGCCCUACACCAAACACAGUUUUUCAGACAGCGAAAAUGACACUUUAUUCGCCCUCUGUUAAACGACGUGAACUCAAUCGACCAGUCACUGUUGUCUCGUAGGCAUGGCAACCACCAAGAUAACGGAUCGUUGUUGCAGAAACUAGAACUUUUAGACAAACAUCAAAAGGAUUACUUUGACUUUUAAUUUGUCAUGUGUGGAGCUGCUCCUCCAAAAGCAGCUCAAACUGAAUUACAAACAUCCGAGAAAUAUGAGCGCAAAGUUUCAGCUCCUGAGUGAGGUGGUGAAGCUCCUUUCGCUUUUCUGAAAAGGAAAAUGGCCUGCCCGGUGUCACUGUCUGACCGUUUUUGUGAGGAGCACGGACGCACUGUUUGUAAUUUUUUUCCACAGCGAAAUUCCAGAAUACGAUCCUUUCUGCUGUGUAUAUAGUGAUGCAAAUUUUUGUCCGAAUUUUUUUGCAGUUUCGUGGUGUUUAUUUGUGUCACGUUUGGCGCGUAACGGCCUUUAGGUUGUGUUCCGCAAAAAAACAUCAAUGUGAUGUGAUUACUUGAUCAUGUGACUAUUAGAGUGGUAGUUGUUCUUUCUUAGAGCUCCCCCUGUAGGCCUGGAGGGGAUGCAAUGCAAAAAUACACAUUUGAAAAGGCAACUUUGUAGAUCUUAAAAAUAACUGCUUCUGAGUUUUGACUUAGUCUGUGUUCCCCUAAAACUAUAUUGCUAUGACUAUAACUAUAACAGAGUAAGCUCUACUUCUUAGAGCUCCCCCUUGUGGCUUGGGAGAUAUAAUGCAUAAAUACACAUUUAAAAGGGGCAGCUGUUAGUUUUUAAAUAAUUGCUCUGUUAUAGAGUGAUAGAAUAUGUAACUAUUAGUCACUCUACUUUAAAAUCAUAUAACUAUUACAGAAUUAUGGUCAUCCUGUUUUCUUAGAGCUCCCCCCAGGUGUGGGAGGCACAUAUUUGAAAGGGCAACUCUGUAUAUCUUAAAUAUUUGCUCCUAAGCUUUGACUUAGGUUUUGUCCCCAAGUAGUGAAGUCACAAUUUCAUCGUCUAACUAUUACAGAUGGACAGUCGCUCUACUUUAAGAUAAUAUACCUAUUACAGAGUGGUAGAUGCUUUAUUUUCUUACAGAGAUCUUUAUGCUGUGACAGAAAUGAGGUGCAUUACUGCGGCAUUGGCUCCUGAUUAUCAGUGUCCACUGUAAGGGAAGUCUGGCUCUGUUUUCAGCCUUGUUGUUUACUGGUACGUUAAAGGGCCCAUAUCAUGGAAAAGUGAGCUCUUUUGAUGUAGUAUGUAAACACUUAGUUUUGAAACAUUCUCUCCCCAGUCUAUACAGUCCAUAUAUGAAGGCUAAGCUGCUAUUUUUGCAUUAAUUUUUUUUGUUUGUGUUUUUGUGUUGUUUUGGGGUUUUUUACCCCCUGGUUGUUGUGAUGUCACAAAACCAAUUCAUUUACAUAUACCUCUACCGUUAUCAUCAUUCAGCCUACAGUGGCUUAGCUCCAUUCAUGCUGGCAUUAUAAGGAAUUUUUCAGCCCUGCUGAAAGAAUCAGAACAUAGGCUCAUUUACAUGUAUCAAGUCUGAAAGACACAGUAACAAAAACAGCCUCUUCUAAAGGAUAAAGAGAGAGUCAUGUAAAAAUGAAUUGUGGCUUUGUGUAUGUGCGUGUGUGUGUUGUUUUUGGUACAUAAUACAACACAAACAUUAUAGUGUAUCUCACGUGGGGUGAAAAAUGAAAUAAGAAAAAAAUAGAAAACAUAGGAUAUGGGCCCUUUAAUAGUUUUAACCCUGAGCCUAGGAACUGUGCCCUAUCAUUUUCUGGCAGGGUAGCUGUUUUGUAAAGUUUAUCAGACUUGGAAUAAAACUUAGUUUGGAGGGGGUGCUGUUACUGGAAGGUUCUUACAAAGCUUUGAAUAACUACUAGACUAAAAGCUCUGCUGAAGGAACAUGGCCUCUUCAGCAGUACAAAGCAUUUGUGGCCUUUUUAGAGUGAAUAUGUGAUCUAAAUUCGUUUUGCCUUUUAGCUUUUUUAGCUGUUUUCCCCUCUCUACGCCAUGCUCAUCUCUUCUAGCAUGGCCAGGGCCGCUCUGCGGUGGGUUCUAGUGAAACGAUACAAUCCUUUUUCAAGUGUCCUUAAGAUAAUGACAGUAUAUGCUGUGGAUGGCUUGUUUUCAGUUACAAUGAUCUCUCUCUCUUUCUCUUUGUCUUCGUUUUGUGCAGGCGCUUGCCUCUGGCAUGAUUCUUCGUUAAGAGUUGUACGUCGGAGUGCGUAACCUUUUACAGUGUCCUUUUCUCUCGAGGAAGCCGUGAUGGUGCGGAUAUGUAUGCACGUGUGCAUGUUAUGGACCGUGCAUGAAUCAUGUUGCCUGGUUGUUUGAUUUGGGGAAAAAAAGGAAAAUAAGGGCAUGUGGUUAAAAGACUCAGUUUGUCCUGGUUUUUCAAAUUUGUACAACCAAAAUGUUCGUGAGGGGUAUUGUUUUUUUUGUUUUUUUAUUUCUCUGAUAAGCUUUUCUGAGCGUGUAUAAACACUCACAUUCACACACACACUCGCACACUUCCGUCCAAUGCUGUACAUGUGUUAAUUGCCAAAUCGUGUAAAGGAGAACUCUUGCUCUUUCCCAGUGAUUUUGAUAUUACCACUACACAUCCUCAUCUCACCUCUUUAUGCGGCCUAGUAGGAUUAGAUUACACAACAAAGGAACAGUCUGGUGAAAAGUUUGAGCAGUUUCCCCCUUAAUUCUAAUGUGGAUCAGCCAAUGUGCUUAGUCUGUUCUUUUGUCUAAUAUUAAGAUAACAGUAUAUAAUGACCGUUUCAGAUUUCUUUACAGUGGUGGUGAUAGGAACCCAGGGGUCACAAUGUCUACAACACAAAUGUAGCCAUUUUAUUUACUAUCCAAAACAACCAGUGCACCUACACAUGUCUUCUGAGCUUUUAUUUUGUAAUGUUGAUUACGGUAGUGGAAAAUCUGUUAAUAAUGUACAUUUUAGGCCUAAACUUUAUUGUAAAAUUAUUGUAAAACAAUGUCUCCGGCAUUAAGCAACAUAGUACUACUUUCAUCUAAUAGUUUCCAUCUAAUAGUAAGGAAGCUUUCGGAGGUAUUAAACACUUCUGAUGUCUGGUACCCAUCACCACCACUGUGACCAAUUCUGACUCAGUAAGUUUCUCUACACUCUCAGAAAUAAAGGUAUAAAACUGUUACUGGGGCAGUACCCCUCUUGUCACUGGGGUGGUACCCUCAAGGGUACAUUUCGGUACCUUUAGUCAGGGAACAUAAUUGUACCAUAAUCCACUGAAACGAUAUUUUCAAAGCUGUUUUGACUCCACACACCCCGUCUUGUCUCCAGGCUUUUUAUUUUAUUGUUUUAAAACAUUAUGUUAUGAAAAGAUACAAAUAUGUACUUUUCACCUGGAAAAAAACUUAUUUAAGGUGCACAAUUUGACCUAAAAAACACUGUGGUACCUUUGAGGGAACAUUUACAUUGUUUGUAGCUUGAUGACUGAAAAGUGUACCUGCACAGAACGCUGUAGAAUGGAACAUUUUACUUCAAACAGCUCUGAAUGUGGUGGAAUUCAACUUAAACACCAUAAGCAAGGCGACUGUGUGAUGAUUUAGGCAUGCAGUUUGCACUAUGCUAAUUGGUGGCCAUAAGCUUCCAUUACUUGUCAGCUACAUUAGCAUUGUAGCUCCAAUGUAAACAGACUUCAUUAUUAUUAUUAUUAUUAUUAUUAUUAUUAUUAUCAGUAUUAUUAUUAUUAUUAUUAUCGUAAAGCUUCAGACAACUAACGUGUUGCUUGGUUGAGAUUUGAGGUAAGGAGAAAUUGUUUACAUUUUAUUCCUGGCUGAACUGUUCCUUUAAAUGGAUUGAUUGACAGCUGCGAGGAUUCUCAUGUUCUCAUUGCUUCAGUGUUUUUCAGAUCAGUGAUUUUUAUUCUAGUGGACUUGAGCCUGAGGUUGGUUAAUAAUUCACUCACCUCAGAGCUCUCUGACUGGCAGGCCACAUAAUGGACAGCACAUUUGGAGGUGUCUGGUUUGUUUCGUUCAGCUUAAAGGGAUACUUCAGCAUUUUAAUCUCUCUCUGCUGAUUUUCUGCAGUCGAUUACCCGCAGACAAUAAUUUUGACUUCACCUAUACUUGACAAAGAACAGAAAUCUUGUUGGCUCAACUCUCUACUAAUAGAAGCCAGUGGGCAGUUGCUUGGCUUUGAUUUUAAAUGUGUUUUCUGUUCUUUUUCCAAGUGCAAGGAAAUUGUCGCCUGUGGUAAUUAAUAGGGCCCGACCGAUAUGAGAAUUCUGUGGCCAGUGCCGAUUUCAAGGGGCUAAAAGUUUAUGAUCACUGAUGUUGGCCGAUGUAAUUUUGGAUUUAUUUUUUAGAUUUUAAUUUUAUACUGUAGUCGUAUUAGUCGUACUUUCAGUCCUCAGCCUUGACACUUAUUAAACAGUUAAACAGCAGAAACUCUAAAGUAAUACUAUAUAAAGUACGUUAAAUCAUAUAUAGCCCUGUAGAUGCAGCAGCCCAGAAUAUGUUGUGCUUUUGGUUUCAAUCACCUCAUUUUUCUCUCCAUUAAAAAUGUCAUAACACAUGGGUUCUCAACCUUUUCCACCCCAAGACCCACCUUUUCAUAACUACAAAGCGUAGCGGCCCACAAGAAAACUAAAACCAACAUUUGAAAUGCGAUUUUCUUUUUCUUUUCUUAAAUGCUAACACUGAAAACCUAAAAUUAAGGCCUGAAAAAGAUCAGAUCCAUUCUGGUUGUCAGUAGAUUUGCAAUAUUUGCAGUUAUGUUAAAAAAAACAAAUGGCUGAAAAGACAAAGAAUAGGAAUGUAUGAGAUUCUUAGAUUUUUAGUUAAUCUUUUUUUCCCCACUUAUGUUUUUAUGAUUUGAAGUCAUGUCAUUAGCCCACUACGAACUGCUGCCUCCCUUUGAGUACAGGCCCACCGACCACUAGAGGGUGCUUCACGACCCACUCGUGGUCCACGGCCCACAGUUUGAGAAACCCUGUCUUAAUGUGUUAUUUUGAUGCUAAAUUUUAGGUUUGGAUGCAUCUUAUGUAAUUUUGUGACACCAGUCUGUAUUACUGUCACAUAGUUAAACUGAGAGUGCUUCACAUUCAGCUGUUGUAAGGUUUUGACGUAUCAUCAAGAGAUCGAAUCUUGCCUGUGCCCAUCCAAAAAAAGGGCGCUAAUUAUCGGCUGAUGCUGAUAAUAUUGUGGUUUGCUAAUAUUGGCCAAUAUUAUCAGCCAACCAAUAUAUCAGUCGGGUCCUCAGUACUCAGUAUGCAAGACAGAGAGAUUAUGCUGGAAAAAACGAACACAUUUCCAAACAAAUAAAAGCCAGCAGGAACCAGUUGGCAGAGGUUAUUUAAAUAAUGUUAACAGGUUAUUGUUAGCAUGUUAGACUGAUUGACAUCAAGUGAAUUGUUUCCUUAGUUUCAGUGCAGAAUGUCCAGUUUCCUCUUAUACUUUAGGACAGAAUAUUCAAACCAGAGGCUGCUUUAAGCUACUAAACAAGCAGAUUUUACUGUGUUUCUGUCAGUUGAGCCUUCAUACGGUAAUAUCUUAGGAGGGAAAGAGCAAGGUCGCUCUUUUUUUAUGUUUCUACUCUCGACCUGUCGCUGUCUGAUGUUUGAAGAAACCAAUAUUGUGUAGAUGACUAUAUUGAGACACUGUACUGAAUUCUUGUUAGAUUUUUAAACUAUUUUUAUAGAGUUGAAACAACUGUAGAAAGAUUAACAUUAUUUAGCACACAUUAUUUUUUUAUGCCUUAUUGAUUUCUGAGUUUUAUUUUUGUACUGUGUUAGAGAGCUUUCUACCUUAAAGGUGCGGAUCUAACUGGCAGGUGAAAAGUGGUUGAGUAGAUGAGUUGGGAAGGAUGGAAUUACGGAACAGAAGUGGUGGAGAUGGACUAACGUCUACUGCCAGGUAGCAAAGCUUGAGCUCUAAUUGGAGUGUUUUUUUUUCGUGCUAAUGUCAAUUUUAUUUCUGUCCAGUUUAGUGUAAUAUGAGACUUUUAGUUCAUUUAAUUUCUUGUUUUGUUUAAAGUGGCCUAAUGCUAUCUGAAGUCUGCCACUGCUAAUCUUGAUAAUCUCGGUGAAUUCACUCAGCCAGCGAACUUUGUUUUUCUUUUUUUUCUUUUUUUUUCGUCACAACUUGAUUUAUUUCUUUAUUAUGCAAGGGGUGCUAAAACGGACGUGUUUUUGGUGUGACAUAAUCGUUAAAUCGUUGUGUAUGAAACUCUUUGCCUGUAGUUGUUGAACUUGCAGAAUAUUUCAGUUUCACCUGUUUAUGUAAAACGUCUCAGAUGAAGUACACUAUGUGUCCAAAAGUUUGUAGACACGUGCCUGUCCAGCUUUUCAUCUGAAAUGAAGGGUAUUAAUAGGGAGUUUGUCCUUCUUUGCUGCAGUAACAGCCUCUACUGUUCUGGGAAAGCUUUACACUAGAUGUUGGAAUACUGCUGUGAGCAUUAGUGAGGUCAGGUGCUGAUGUUGGAUGAUCAGUUCUGGACACUCCAACUCAUCCCAAAGGUAUUGGAUUGGAGCUCCAUCACUCCAGUUCGAGGCCAAUACUGCUGGGCUUUAUUCCCCCCUAGCCCACACUAGACUUUGGGCAUGGUGACCUUAGGCUCAUGUGUAGCUGCUCCAGAGCAUCCCAUUGUAUUGGUCGGUAGCUGUAUUCACUCGUUGGAAGGGCUGUCUGGAUACUUUUGGACAUAUACUGUACGUAAUCUAGGAUCAGUCCCUCUUGAUCCACAUAUGAAAGGCAAAAACUGACCGUCAAUCAGAUUUCUGAAAGGUUUGAUACAGAUGACCCCUGAACAAGGUUCAAACACCUGUUGAAUUAAAAAAGAUGCACCAAAGCUUUCUCACAAAUGUCACAACAGGUGGACAAAGUUUAAAUUAUUUUUCUCUAGGCUUUUUUGCAUAUGCACUAUUCUUUUUUUCAGAUGCUUGUCUAUAUGUUGAAAUGUAUUGCUUUUAUAUAAAAGAUGUUAUUAAUCAUGUAUUUAUGCAAAUCUUUGUGAAUUUUUUGUUUUUCAUUUUUUGUUUUGUUUUUCAAUUAAACCUUUUGCUUAACCUGA